AUGGGCGGGAGCCUCAAGAGCCUGGAGAGGGGCAGGGGGCACUCCUUGGAGCCCCUGCACUCCAAAGCAGAGAAUGAGGGAAGAAGGGAGCCUGGGAGCCCAAACAGCCCCGGCAUCCCAAACGGAGAGAGCAAAGAGGGGGGAGCUUUUGGCAUUGCUGGGACUGCCAGCAGCCUGGGCAGGGCGGGCACCGAGGAGAAGGGGGACCCCCAGUCCAACUGGCGGGGAUCUGAGGGGGAAAGAGCCAGCCUGGGCCGGGAAGGCGGCCGGAGAUGGAGCCAGAGCUCGGAGCUGGUGCUCCAUGAGCAGCUCCAUGAUGGGGAGAAGCCUCACACGUCUGUGGAGUGUGGGAGAAGCUUCAGGUGGAGCUGUGACCUGAUCAAGCACCAGAGGACCCACACUGGGGGGAGGCCCCAUGAGUGUUCAGAGUGUGGGAAGAGGUUUCAGACCAGCUCCUGUCUCCUCCGGCACUAUCAGAGUCACACAGAGGAGAGGCCCUUCCAGUGCCCUGACUGCAGUAAGGGAUUCAAGCACAACUCCACCCUCGUCAAGCACCGGCGCAUCCACACUGGGGAGAGGCCCUACGAGUGUGAUAAAUGCAGGAAGAGGUUUCUGACCAGCUCUGAUCUCCUCAAGCACUAUCGGAUUCACACAGAGGAAAGGCCCUUCCAAUGCCCUAACUGUGGGAAGGGAUUCAGGCAGAACUCCCACCUUAUCACCCACAGGCGAAUCCACACUGGGGAGAGGCCCUACGAGUGUCCCCAGUGUGGGAUGAGCUUCUCCAGGAGCUGUACCUUGACCCAACACCAACAGAGGCACCGGUAA